UUACAGUAUAAACCAUAUUUGUGGGAUAUAUGAAGAUAUUAGGCGUGAUGAAACCCUUAGUUCAAGUUAACUGUAUUUAAGAUGACACUAUAAGUAAACAUUAAAACAAAAAAGACCUGUUUGUUUUUGAGGUAUUUUCCAAAUGACUGUUGGUAUUUUGAAAUCGAACGUCGUUUGAAAAAGCGCUUUUUCCUGUUUCAGGGUGUAUGACGACACGCGCUGUGAUUGGCCGAACCGGCGCGGCGAAAGACCUCCAUGAUAUUUGGCGCCAUUUGUCGAAAACAAUCCGACUGCACCCAAACCUACAUUUUUAGGGAUUAUGGGCUCUUAACUUUAGAUUCAAAUGCUUUUCUGAUUUUGAGAUUACAUUUCCACGUAAGGUGGGUUUGGGGGUCGGUUAUUAUCACGUUGUGUUUGUUUUUCGCGGUUUUUGAAAUAUCGUUAUUUGGGAAAUGUGUAGAUAGGCUUUGUGUUUACGUACAUUCGUUGCUGUACUCGUAUUAUUUUGCACUGUACACUGUAUAUUUGAAGUAUGUAUCAGCGUAUCUCUCAAGGAAGGAAAAGAACUGAUCUAUAGUUUUUGAUUGAAAGGAUGGCUGGGGCCGUGGCUAUGGCGGCUGUCAUAGAGGAUUUUGAGGGUCAGCCGUGUAAGAAGUUGAGGAAGGAUAGUGACGCACCACCUGUCAAAACUAUUACUAACUACUUUAUGCCCAAGCCCGUGGAAAAACCAUUCUCUCCACCACGGUCUAACAACAUAAUGGAUUACUUUAAGAGGACCUCGCCUGCACAAGAAAUAAAAAGCUGCUCUCAAGUAGCUAAAGAAAACUCCCCGCAACCUUCAGAGCGAGCAAGUAGUGAAAUCCCUGGGAAACCAAUAAGAGGACAGGGGCAGAAACGAACCAGGAAGGCCAAAGACAACAAGAAGUCCAAAGAGGAGGAUGCACAGGUGGUCACAGAUGACGUUGUCUUGAUAGAAAGUCCCAGUGAAUCAUCUUUAAUAGAAAGAAAUACCGAUGGCCUUUCAGCUAAAAGCUGUCACGAUGCCUCCUCUGAUAAAGAAUCUGACCUGAGGAAAAGUGUCACCAAGGCUGAUCCAGAUGUCCUGAUGAUUGAAAGUUCUGAACAAAAACCCUCAUUAAAUCAGAGCAGGAGGAAAGACAGUGCAAACAGAAAAUCUGCUGUGAGGAGAAACCGAAAGGCAAAAGGUGGCUGUGAAGAGAAUAAGAAAUGCGAUGGUGAUGCACAAGAGCCUGUAUGCGAGACUAAAUUGGAGGAAAGUGCAGAAAAGAAAAGCGGCACUGUCACAAUCUCAUUCAAAGACUUUGUGCAGAAUCAAAGUCAAGUGCUGGAAGAGAGCAAUGUGAUUCCCAAGACGGACGCUGCUGAACCAUUAAGUGAAGGAAACCCCUGUAAUGAUCAGAGUGAUUCUGCAGUCUGUCCUCUACAGGUGUCACCACGAACUCUCACGGUUCAAGCUGAGGUGCAUUCCAUUUCCCCUGAUCAUCGUGAGUCUGUCAAAGUUGCCACAGAGUUAAAAGUUGCAUCUAUUUUUAGUAAAAGCAAAAAAAGCCAACCAAAAGAGGACAAGAGUUUGUCUGUUCCUGUCCCGCAGAUUAAACUAGAUGCUUUGCCUGACCUCAAAAGGAAAUCUAACGUUGUUCUUCUUGAGGAAGAUCUGGAACUUGAUGUGGUGGAGUACAGCCUCAUUCCUAAAAGCACUGAGGCUGAGAGAAAGCAGUUUAUGAAUGCCUUUAAGCAGCCUAGUUUUGAUGGAUUUAAAAACAAAACCAACAAAGGUCAGAGCAAGCAGAACCAGGUUCAAGACAAAGUCCCGGAGGCAGCAGAUGAUCGACAUGAAAAAUGUCUUGAGAGUGAAGCUGAAGAAAAAUGUGUUGAGAAUAUAACUGAAGUGACCAGCUCGGAGCAGCAUGAAGAGAAGAAGGGCUGUCCAGGUGACAAAAAGAAGCAAGUUAGGAAAUCUGGCAAAAAGGGGCUAGCUAAGAAAGCUGAGGAUCCUCAAGCUGCAACUCUGAAACCUGAAGAACCUCCAAAAGAAGUCGACAAAGGUAGUAGCCCAGCUGAUAAUGACAACAGUGAAAAGGCUGUCAGAGAGCUGAGGAGGUCGUCCAGAGAGCUUUCACGCAGGCAGUCAGCAGCUGUGCUUAAUACUGCACCACAGAAGAAAGAGAGGCGAAAGAAGGAUGAUGAGAACCAAAAUACACCCUCUCCCUCUCUGGCCUCUACCCCAAAAUUUCAGAGGCCCAGAAAAGGCAUGUUUAAAGCUGAAUUGCUUUACCCACCAGACAUGAAAGGCAGCCCUAUUAGGAUGAGAAUCACCAGGGUAUUUCCAUCCUCUGCUACAAAACCUGCUGAUUUUGAAAUAUCGAGUCCCCUCUCAACACAGGAAUUAAAUGCAAUUAAAAAAAGAAAACAGGCUAGAAAGCUGGUGGAAAAAGCCAAAGCUCUUCAGCAAAGUAAAAAGGACACUACUAAGGAAAAAGACGCUGUACGACGCUCCACAAGAAGCAAAGAGUCCAUCGUAAAUUACUGUGAAGAUGAGGAUUCUGUAGUGUUUUUGGAGGAAAGCAAAAGCUCUCCAGUCACUUCACAGGAAAAUCACAAAACCCAGAAGAAGCUUCGUAGUUUGAAUGAAGUUUUGGGUAAAAAUUCAUCUCAAAAUAAAACAUCUAAGACCCCGGCAGCUUUGAAGGUGGCUCCUCUGUUCGGUGAGAAAAAAACUCAGAGGCUGUCAUCUGUCAUCUCCAUUUUUGACGACAGCAGUCGAGAGGCAUCAGAGAACUCGCAAGAUGAUGAAGAGUUCAGAGCAAAGAGAGAGUUUCUGAAGAGUGGCCUUCCGGAGUCCUUCAAAAAGCAGAUUGCAAAGACCGCAGCCAACCGAGAGGCUUACAGUCAGGCCUGUGCUUCCUUUCAGACAGUGGUUCAUGUGCAGCAGAAGACUGCAGAUUGUUUUAUUUGGAACCUCCAGUGGCCCACAAAUCCCCUCCUGAAUUGUUUGAAGGAGCACUAUAAUUUCCCUUCUGCACCUCUGAUCGACCAGUUUUUGGGUUAUGCUACAGUUCCUGCGAAGAGAGCAGGUUGCCAUCAGAUGUCCUUUUGUCGAAGAUCAGAGUUUUCUGAGUCAGUUAGAUUGCAUCUUUUGGAGGAGAUGAGAAUUUCCAAUCCCUCCUUCCCUCAUCAGCGCUUCUUUACACGGUUUGUCAAGAGAUGUGAAGAUUAUAUCCUCCAGGCUUCUGCGUCAGAACCUGAAGGUGAGGCAUCAUCUGAUGGCGUCGGGAGAAAACGGAAGCGUGUGGAUGAAGGAGAGGCGACUGGCAAAGUGGGUAAAAAACCAAAGUCUAAUCACACAGAAGGGGACGUCAUAGUGAUUGGAGAAAGUCCACCAUCAGGUGGCAGAAGUCGAAGAGGUCGAUCACUGAGACAAAAGCAGAAAGAAGAGCUCAAGCCUGUGAAAAUCCAGAAUGAUGCUGUCAUUAUAGUGGAUUCCCCUGUCCCAGAAAGUUCAAGCACCGAAGAUCGAGUGAAAGAGGAUGUGCUUUGGACAGAGAAGUAUCAGCCACAGCACUCCAGUGAAGUAAUCGGGAAUAUGAAGUCUGUCCGGAGGCUACACAGCUGGCUGAAGGAGUGGAAACUGAGAGCUGACCGGGAAGAGAAGAGGAAACAGCAGGAAAAGAAGCAAGAGGAGGACAGUAAUGACUCCUGGCUCAUAGGUGAGGGCCUGGAUGAGACAGAAGAUCAUUUGUGUAACACACUUCUUAUCACUGGACCUACUGGAGUGGGCAAGACCGCUGCAGUCUAUGCCUGUGCACAAGAACUCGGGUUCAAGGUAUUUGAGGUGAACUCCUCGUCUCAAAGGAGUGGUCGUCAGAUCUUAUCCCAGCUAAAGGAAGCUACUCAGUCCCACCAGGUGGACAUCCAGGGUGUCAACGCUCAAAAACCAUCCUACUUCAACAGCUAUAGCAGCAGCAGCACUACAGUCAAACCUGGCAACUCUCCCAGGAAGUUGAAUUCCCCAAGAAGGGUUGUAUCAUCGCCCAGGAAGCCUCCUCAGUCCCCUCGAAGUGCUUCGUCCAGAAGAGGAGGCUUGGCUCCGACAUCUCUGGCCAAUUUCUUCAAAGCAGGUGGAAGGCCCACUGGCAAAGAAACAAACGGUCAAGACAAGAAAACACAGCCUGCAUGUCUGAAGAAGUCUGCCAAAACAAAGGAGUCUGGCAGCAAAGAGUGCCCCGGAGGAACAUCAGUGGGCACUAAGGUCUCCACUGAGGACCAGGACAAGAAGACUGCCACAUCCCUCAUCUUAUUUGAGGAGGUGGACAUCAUAUUUGAUGAUGACGCAGGAUUUCUGGCUGCAAUAAAGCACUUCAUGACUACAACCAAGAGACCGGUUAUACUAACAACCAGUGAUCCAACCUUUGGUGCUACAUUUGACGGAUAUUUUGAGGAAAUCCAUUUCAAAUCUCCUUCAGUGGAGGAUGUGUCCAGUUACCUCCAGCUGCUGUGUCUGGCAGAAAACAUCAGAACAGACACUAAGGAUUUGUCCUGUCUGCUCGACUGGAACAGGUGUGACAUUCGUCAGAGCCUCCUGCACUUGCAGUUCUGGGCCUGCAGUGGUGGUGGACAGCAGGUUCAUCGGCCUCUGCCAUCCUCAGAGCACAAAGGGGACAUCAAGGGUGAGAUUAACCAUCAGUCUGUCAAAGCUCAGGGUGUCAAUGAGGAUAAAAUACCACCAUGCCACACCGCAUGCACAGAAAGUUUGCUGGGAAUCCGAAACCUGCAAACAGAAAAUAUUGCAGAUUUGCUGCUAAAGCAUGAGUCUUCAGUAGUGGAUAGCAUUAAGUGCUGGGAUCUUCUCUCGGAGGUCCACAGAAGGGGAGUGAAUCUUCUUUACUCAAAUAUGGAGAGUCUGCUUCCUCUGCCAACUCGUCUCUUACCACAGUCCACCCUUAAAUCACAACCAACACCAAACCCACAGUCCCACCCUGAGCCAAUACCUCCGACUGUGAGGUUGGAAGUUUUGGAAGAGACCUCAGAUGAUGGUAGUCCCCUUAAAGUGUCCUCUAGAAUGAGGGGCAGGAAAAAGAUGGGCAUUGGCAAUAAAGACGUUUUGCAGUCUGAUUCAGAGUCGGAGGAUGACUUUCUCUCGCUACCAAAAAAGAGCCAAGAUCCUGCUCAAAGCACUAAUGUGAAUGCAGCCAAUAUGUCCGAUGCUGCGCCGGGAAAACCAAGGCGCAUUGUGUUAUCUGAAGCUGAAAGGAGGAAGAGCAAGCCAGUGAUGCAGUGCCUAAGCGGUUUGGCAGAGUAUAUGGAGCACAUGUCCUUCCUGGACUCCUGCCUGCACAACGAGCCACUCCAGACCGAGGGUUCCUGCAGACCACAAGCCUUUGGCUGGACUGCUGCAGAGGUCAAGAGUGGGAUGACCGAUGACAUUCGCUUGGAGUGUGUUAGCCAACUAAAUGGUGUUAAUGUCAAUGAAAUCCAUGCUGCAUUGGGACACAUGAGUUUUAGGAAGUGCAAGGCUGUAGUCUCUGAAGCCUGGGACAGAGCACAGCAACUGGAGGAGAUCAGAAGAGAGGCAGAGGAGGAGCUCACCCUCCCUGUGCCUCCACACAAAGAUGGCUUUAUCCUCACACAAACUACACCUUGUGACCCAAGGCUGAUGGAGAGGAGGAGUGAGGUGAUGAAGUCGGUGCUGUCCUCUAGAUCAGCUGGAACACUUGGAAACCAGGCAGCAGCGGCUCUUGACUACCUCCCCUCUCUACGUGCCAUCUGUAGAUCAGAGAAACUGAAGGAGCAGGGAAAGAUCAAACGCAGGUUCUUGCACUAUUUGGACGGUAUACACUUCACUCUUCCUAAAAGCACAGUGGAGUUCCUGGCUUCAGAGUUCCCUUAAAUUACACACAUCUUUAGGAAGCCACUUAAUGCAUUUGUACAGUAAUAUAUAUAUAUAUAUAUAUAUAUAUAUAUACACUCACAAGGAGUGUGGUUUUAUGUUGUUUGGUGGACAGCACAUAUGUGUACUGUUUUAAAUGAGCUGUUUCCCAUUAUGAAGAUCGUUUGUUUUGUAUGGUCAUGCAUUUUCCAAAAUGUUUUAUCAAGUAAUAAAUUUGUAUUUGCUAUUUGCCAGCAAACAUGA